GUCGAGGAUCCCUAAAGCCUCCCGGACGGAAUCAUCCGCUCAACAGGAGGGGGUUGCGCGCGUCCGACGCUAUUCCACGCGCAAAGAGCCUCUACCGCUCCCCUCCUCCGCAUGUUUCCCCUAGCUCUCUUUUGGACUUCUUUGACUCCAACCUGAAUUUAGGAUAAAUACAAAGCGGAGAAGAGGAAGAAAAGAAGUGGCGCGUUGCCUCUCCACCCCCCCGCUUUAACAUCGCACAGUGGUGUCGACCCGAGUGGAAAACCUCGCGCCUGCGCAGUGCGCGGCGGCAGAAAGACCGGGAGGACGUUAGUGAGGGAGGAGGCGGCGGCGGAGGAGGAGGAAGAAAGAGAGAGAAAGAAAAUGGCGUCGACGGGUGAGGAGAGCCGGGCGAGGCCUAAUCUUAACCGGGGGCGGCGGGAGACACCUUGGGAGCGGGAAGGGAAGGAGAAAGGGGAUCCCACCGUGAGGGGGGGAAUUAGAAGGGGGCUCGGGGCGGGAGGCCGCGGCCUUUUGUGGAAAGUUCUCAUUCUCUGUGGGGGGGGGAGGGGAAUGGUUGCCGGGCGGCCGUUAAGUGGGGGGAGGGGCGGCGGGAAGCGCGUGCGACUUCGUGAUUGGCUGGGGGGGGUCAGUAGGAAGAGGGAGGGGCGGCCCCCCGCGCCUUCUUCUUGGUAGCGCCAGGCCUCGUUUAACCUCAUGGGAGGGAAGGAGAAAAAGGAGGUGUGGGGGUGGGAGGAAGUGGCUGUUGGUGUUGCCCCCGGUGCAAGCCUCAGUGCACGCUUCCUCUCCUCUUUUUCCCCCUCAGUUACAAUUUUAUUUAAAAACAACAACAUUAUUUUGUAAAUCGACGGGAUGCAAGAGGGCCCCCCCCGGGCGCCCGCCCUCCCCCGCUAAAUAAUUAACUUGAUUCAAUUUAUAAAUUAACGAAUGGAAAGAAGGAAACCGCGUGAGGAAGGGAGGGCCUUGAGGGCAAACAGUUAAUUUUAUUUAGAAACUAAUUACUCACAGCCUCAAGACCCUUUCUUCUUGUCCUCCCAUUAAAUUAUAAAUCGACAGAUUCUCGUCUUUUAUUUUACUCUGCUCUUCAACCGAAGGGGGAGAGAGAAGAGUAGUGAUGACGUUGUUUACUGUAAUAAUUAUAAAUUAACAAUGAUGAUAAAAAUGUCUGGCGCACAGAGAGAAUUGAAAAGAAAAGAACACAAGAGAUGCGAUAUUAUUACUAAGCUGCUCUGAUUAUUAUUAGGAAUUCCUUUUCACUGCUGCACCCUGCUUUUCAGAUAAUGGGGAAGGAGGGCAAAGUAUUUAUUGCAAACGUUUCUGCCCCUUGCCUUUUCACCACUCUUUGUUCUCAGUUUCUUUUUCCUUUGUAUGCUUCUGAUGAAGGUGGACUGUAUUCCACAAAUAAAAUAACUUUCAUUAGUCUUAAGGUAUCAGAAGAUUUGCGAUGGGUGUUACACAGCAGAUCCAACACAGCUGCCCUGCUAGAAAUUGCUGUGUGUGGACUGCAUGUGUUUCGUUAAUGCAUAAGGAUGCAUGCAUGCAUAUACCCACCCACAUGUGCAUGAACGGGGCUGGGGAAGCUGGCCUAUUUUCUCCAAAGAUAGCAUUUUGGGUAUAUUACAGACAGAAUUAAGCACAUUAAAAUGCUGCCGACAGUUUUUAUGUUUGGGGAAUAAUUCCAUUGGAUUUCCUUCUGAGGGAAGAUGCGUAAGAUUUAGCCACACGGCCUGUGGAUUCCAGGGGGAAAGUUGAACACAUGCUUUUCGCCUCCAUCUCCCAAAAUGAAAUCAAUGGGACUCAUAAAUCAAAUCAGCUACCUAUAAAUUGUUUAAAGCAUUGUAUGUAAUCCUGGUCAAAAUGUGUAUUGUUAUGCACACAAAACAUAAAUAAUGCAUUACAAUGUAUACAUUUUUUGUCAGGGUGGUGUCCUUAAAAGCAGCUUACAGUAAAAUCAACUGAGGGUGCACUUUUCAUUGCAGUCUGUACAGAAGUAGGCUUCCAUUCUGUUAGAAUAAUUUUUUUGCAACAAAACUGAUCCAGGGAAGCAAUGAAGUGCUUAUACAGGUCUGUCUCUGAAAACCACAGGGACAAAAAAAUGCCAUGAGAGAUUACCAACUGAUUCUGGUGCAAAGACUGAUCCAGGGAAGAAGAAUUCCUUUCUUUUGAUAGAACAUUCAGCAACAGCCUGCAACUUAAACAAAUUUAUCUUGUGUGCUUUCAGCUUUAAAGUAAGCUGGUGGGGUUCAAGGAAAAAUGAGUUUAGCAAUCCCACUCACCAUUGAAUACAAUGUGUUUUGACUAUACUGUGCAUUAUUUUGGCUUUCGGCAUGAUCCCUGGAUCAUAACCCCAAAGUAAGUUGCAGGCUUACGGUAUAUGAAGAAUUUGGCUUAGGGUAGUGAAAUUUCUUUGGUGAAGCUCAUUUUUCUUUUUCUUUUUUUGUCUGUGUUGAAUAUUAAAAUAAGGUGCAAGUAAUAUCUUAACAUAUUUAAGCUAUGUUAAACCGCAUAAAAUACAAAAAAACCAACGGGAGAGAUGGAAAAAGAUACGUGUUUACUGUUAGUUUGUCUUACUAUGAUUUUGUUAUUCUCACAUGUUUUGUUACAAAGCAGAUGGGGGAUAAGUUAUAUCUGUGGGAGAUGCUGUGAACUCUGAUGAAAGUACGGAAAUACAUUUUUUGCUACAACAACAACAGUAGCAGCACCAGAACAAGAAGAAAAAAAGAAAAGCAAUCACCAGUUUCUCAUCUUACUUAGUACAGUGGUACCUCGGUUUAAGAACAGCCCUGUUUACAAACGAGUCGAUUUACGAACUCUGCAAAACCGGAAGUAGUGUCCCAGUUUGGGAACUUUACCUCAGUCUAAGAACGGAAUCUGAACGGUGGAAGGGCACCGGCGGUGGGAGGCCUCAUUAGGGAAAGCGCGCCUCGGGUUAAGAACGGAUUCAGUUUAAGAAUGGACUUCAGGAACGGAUUAAGUUCGUAAACCAAGGUACCACUGUACUCAUUCCCCCACUACAUACAAUCCAGAAAACCUCAUUGCCGCUCCCUGCUCUAGUAGAAUUUUGGGGUUUUUUGUUUUAAAAUAAACUUUAAUGCCAUUAAUACUUUAAAACAAAACCUCACCUCCCUUUGCUGCAGAUGUAAAAUAUGCAAAACUUAAAAGGACUAGUUCAGACAAGGUGCUCUCUCUCUCUGGGUAUGAGUGAGGAGAGCUAGAGUUCAAACAGGAGGAUCCGAGGGGAGGGGAGAGUAUUGGAAGGAGACUUUGCAAUACUACUGGGCCUUCCAAUUCUGCUGCUGUUUACAUUCUUUGUGCGGCCUCAUUUGUACCCAAAGUGUGUUGAACUGGAAAUAUGGCACCCUUGGCUAUCCAAAUAUUGGCCUACCUUAUUUAACAGAUUUGAUCAAGUCUGUUGCUAUUUCAUGGUCAUCUAAUAUAAUAAUUAUACGUUAACAAGUGCUGAUUACUUUAGGGAUCCUUUGGGAGGAAUGGUGGGAUAUAAAUUUUAAAAAUACGUAGAGUAGUGUAGUGAAAGAGUAGACUUUUUGCUUUUUAAGCCUUGAAUAGUUUUGUGCAUUUGUAUGUGCAUAUUCCAGGUGGCUUAGUGUUGUCCCAUUUAGGGUCUGGCCAUUAAAGACAGUUAUAAUUGGGAAAUCAGCCACUCAGUGGCAGAGCUUCAUGCUCCAGCACCGGGGGGGGGGGCGCCGAGUGCAGGGGGGGGCAGCCUUGAUGGCACCCUGCUGGGAUCACGCAGCCGGGGGGGACGCUACCCCCGCACUCCUCUUCCUCUGCCAGUGUAGCCACUUAAUCUUAAAAGUGGAACAACCUGGCAAGAGCUAGGACAAUUAGUGUCUCAUCCUAAGUAUGUUUACUGCAAAGUCCUGAGUUCAGUGGGACUUUGCCCAAUAAUGAUGCCCUAUUACUCAUACAACAGAUCUAUUGUUAGCACAUUAGAAAAUUACGCACCAUUCUUGACUAGGGUAGUUGGAAAUUGUGCCUUCUGGCAUGUGACUGCUGCAUCAGUCAUUUAUGUAGUAAUUGUAAAAUUUGUGCCGUGAUUGCAGCUGUGUAAAUGCUUUUAGGAGAUAGAUCGCAGAAUGGUAAUUGGAAUGGGUAAAGCACAGUGCAGAUUGUAUUUUAAACUUACUGGUGUGUAUGGUGGUAUUGGUGGUGCUUGAUUUGGGGGUAUGUCCAAACAGAAUCCCCAGUCUUCACUAGUUCAAUAGUGCAAUGAUUUAUUUAGUAAAGAUGACUUACUGUGAAAACAAGCUUUUUAAAUAGUGCAGUUUGGUGGAAUAGGCAGCUUACAUAUCCAUAGUGCCACUGAAAUUGGAUGGGUAUCAAAAGCUUUUUCAAUUUUUCAAUAAGAGUAUCACAUGAGAAGCAGCUGUUUUAACACGUUGAAAUGUUUUUUUUCAUUCCUACUGGAAGCCAUAGUCUCUUAAUUUGUGGCACAAACCGUGUACUCUGCUUGGUUCCUGAGGAUAAGUGCUAUGGGUUUAUGAAUGCCCUACGUGGCAUUCUUAAGUAAUGUUUGCUGUUCUGUUCCCUUGUGUAAUGAUGAAGAGUAGGCUUCAGUUUUAUCAGAUUAUGCUAUUUUGCAUAAUUUUUACAAAUCAUAGUUGUGACCACUUUGAAAUCUCAGUCUGCUGGGAGUAUGAUUGGAAUAGUAAGCUCCUGCCUGAAUGUCAGUAACUGCCCACAGAGUUCCUCAUUUUCAUAAGUGACAGAGUUACAUCGUGGCUUUUAAAGUAGAACUCAGUGUGCAUAGCUGAAUUGAUGAACUCUUAAGUCAGUUAUGGACAGGACAGAAGGUUGCAGCUUUUAGGUUUUCUUUAUUUUGAAUUUCAUUCAAGUGUGAUCAUGCAAUUCUCCCUGCCCCCAUUGGAUUAGGCCUUCUUGGUCCCAUUUUAACUAAGUACAAAAUAAAUUUUAUAAGUUACGUCACUAAAACUCUUCUGCAAAUAUUAGCUUUUAAGAUGGUGUGUCACAAUGUUUAAUUGUAAUAUUUGUGCAGUUUGAAUUACAAGACAGGGAAUAAAGGUUUGGAUAGAGGAAAAAAACAGUUAUAGACUUGAAUUGUGUUAAUUGAUAUGCAGUUAAAUUAAAAGGUACAAAAUGGAUCUUCUCAUAGACCUUUCCUUUGUUGUUGAGUGAAGAGUUUUGCAAAUUCUCUUACUUUCCUAUAGUAAUACAACUUUAGACUUUGUGCACGUUAGACAGGUCAAAAGUGUUCAUUUACUAUAUCAGUAGGAAUACAUAGCAAGAUAUAGUAUGCUUUGCCUUGCUUCCUUUUUCAACAUUGUGUAUAGUAAAAUUUGCUGCUUGUGUUGGAGAAAGAUCUUAGGACAAAUUUCAGGAAAAGCUUGGUCAAUUUGAAUAAUCUCAAUGUUGACAACCUGGCUUGGUAGCAAAAUAAAUGAAAGUAGACUCUUUGCCAAUUGGAGUGGAGAAUAUUAAGUGACGUUUGGCUGUAAAUAAGCAAAGGCAUUGUCUCUGGCUCCUCUCAAAAGGCUUUUGCAUUGAGUAGGACUAAGAAAUUGUAACUUCCAAAAUGGAAUUUCAGGUCAUAGAUGAUUUUGGGGUGGGGAAGGGUUAGGUUGAAGAAGCUGUAGAAGUGAUGCCAAUUUUGGAUUUUAAUGCACAACAGAUUUCAGACUUCCAUUGGGAAGCCACACGGUAACAACAGCUACAGUACUUGUGUUUGUGUCUGCAAUAGUGUUGCUUUUAAUUGGUCCAGCUUCUCUUGGUGAAAGGGAAUCACAAGCUGAUGCAUCUCAGGGGAGUUUUUAAUACGACAAACAUAAGGGGGUGGGUGUAACCUUAGAUUCCGAGCUUAUGUUUAGAGGUGUUGAGUGAUUCCUCCCCCACCCAUCUCCUCUUAAGCUUGAUUUUAUGUCUUCUUACCACCUGCAGAUUAUAGUACCUACAGCCAAGCAGCAGCCCAGCAGGGGUAAGUUAAGUUUCUUUGAAGAUAAAUAUAGUCUAUUCUUAAAAGAAGACUUGGUUUAGAAUUCCUAUAAUGUAUUUUAUGUUUUAAGGACAUUGCAGAGUUUUAAUAACAAACUGUUUUAGUACUGCUGUUUUGAAGGUUAUACAUGAAGGCAUUGCCUUCAUUAGUCAUUGUAUUCUCCAACUUCAGCUUUCUUUCUUUCUUUCCCUCCCUUCAGCUACACUGCAUAUGCUGCUCAGCCAGCGCAAGGAUAUGCGCAGACCACCCAGGUAAUAAAGAACCAAGAAGCCACUUCCCCUCUAAAUGCAAAUGAAACCACAACCUUUUUGCAAAAGAAAAAGUUGCUAAAUGGCAUUGCAUCUACUCCCAUAUUUUCUGUUGGGGCUUUUAAAACUAGCUGCUAGAAAGUAUAUUUCUAUUGCUGCAAGUAUUCAUUCAGGGUAUGCACUCAUUCAGUGAGUAGCCAUAGCCUUGGGCGCAAGCAGUGGAAAGCUGGCUGUUCGCUGCUCUUGCUCCCUUGUUAAUGCAUUUUGCUUCUGCCUGCCUGUAUACACAGCCCUAGGAAGACAAAUGCAGCAAAGCCCUGUGGGAGGUGACAGCCUAUAAGGGCAGCCCCCAUCGUGUUGAGCCAUGGAAACAAAACACGGGGCUGCUGUGUGAUGGCUGCCAGACCUGCCUUAAUUGCAACAUGCUAGUUGCCGUGCAAGAUUAAAGUAUUAAGGGACUUAGCACAGACAUGAAAUUUUAAAAGGGGCUGCAUCAUAUCCUGAAAAGGAGAGAAUAAUAUAACCCUCCGUUUAUGUAAAGGAACUGAGAAGCAGCAGUUGAUGGCUUCAAGGCCUUUAAUUUUGUUAACUUCUAGCUAGGUGCUAGAGGUAUCUCAAUUAACUUUUGUUGUCCUUUAGCUAGCUCUUCCUAUGUCAUGUUGCUUGGGUGCUGGUCAGUACACAGCAUGGAUGACAAAACAGUGAAUUAGACUCAUGGGGAUGGCCAAUAAUACUAGCUGUUAACUGACAAUUCUACUAUACACCUGUCUCCACUUUCCCUGGCACCUUGUGGGUUUAUGAAUCUGCUUUGCCUGAGCAGGAAAAUAUUUGAUACAGGACGUGCGGUUUCCCCUGUCUCAUUUCUGUUGCAUAUGAUUACAAACUUUUUCUGUCCAAAUCAAAUUCUUAAAAUCUCUUGUGUAGAGCCCAAAGUUAAAAUACACCCUUUCCCUCUUUGUAGCAGGCCUAUGGGCAACAAAGCUAUGGAACCUAUGGGCAACCCACGGAUGCCAGCUAUACCCAGCCUCAGACAACUGCUACUUAUGGGCAAACCGCAUAUGCAAGUUCUUAUGGGCAGCCUCCAACUGGUAAGUGUGCCUGUGUCUUUUCCCACCCAGUCUCUCCUUAUUUUUUCAUUGUGCUUUGGAGACUUUAAAUUAAUGUGAGGGUGGGAACUUUUUGUAAAGCAAAUUGGACUUUAAUAUUACGGAUCACUUUGGGUACUGGUUCACAUGGAGAUUGAGGCAUUGCUGAAGAAUGCUGCUAGCAAGAUGCUAACAUACCUGGGGAAUGAGGCACUCUACCUUUUGUGACAGUACUAAGACUCUCUUAAACCUUUCUAUUGCUCAAGGAUGAGUAGUUCACAAGACUGCUUGCCUGUUCUGAUAGUCUGCCCUCUACUUCUUGUCUUGUGCUUUCCACAGUAGAAGGGACCAGUACAGGUUUGAAUAUCCUGCUCAAUUUUGCAUGGGAAAUGCUGUUCAUUUCGUCUAAAUUUAUGGUGUUAACCCUUUAGGUGGUUUUAUUCUAGCAGCAAAACUUGCAAUAUGGUUGGCACAGGCCCAUUCAGUGUUUGCUGCUCAUGUUACUUUGCAGCAGCAUAUCUGCUGUAGAAAGGGUGCCAUUCAUAAGCUCUUUUUGACUACUGUGUUGUAUGGUUAAAGCUUAUGUAUUAAAAUGACAGCUAUGAACAAAGAUGAUUCAAGCUAACCAAACUCAGCUGUCUUCCCGGUGUCCUAAAGGGUGAACAGCAUGAUUAGACACAUUCAGCUGUUGCAGCCACCAUAUCUGCAUGUUCCAUGUUAUUGGUUCCUCUUUCAGACAUUUACCUCAGUGUUGUCAUAAAUGCUCUGAAAAUUAUUUUGCUUGUGCUAAACUGUGUUAAAACUGAAGUUCUGUUCAUCCUGAUGCUUUAUUUUGAUGUCUGAAAAAUAGACCUACCUUUUGAAGGUUGUACAGCAACCACUUGAUCUAUGGUCUGAAUUUAAAGUGCAUGCAAAAACACUGCAAACAGCAUCCUGGCUACAGUUUUAAGUAGCAUGUUUUUUCCUUGUGCUUAAAACUAAUAACUACUGUGUUGGCAGAUAGAGGUUUUAAAUAACAAAAUGGUGAAACUGUUUUGGGUUGUACAUUUAGCCAGUAAAAAUAACUGUAGUUAACGAUGCAGAUGUUUUAGAAUGUUUCCAAUUUGGCAUAUAUUUAUGAGACCUAUAUGUUCCCCAAACAGUUCAGUACUUCUUGCAGUUCUACAUUUGCACAAGUAAGAGGUAGGGAUGGAGGAAAGGUGUUGCCUGGAGGCACUGCAUUUGAGCAUGCAAAGUAGAUACCUGAUAUAUAAAGUAGGCUCUCUAAAUUCUCUCAGGCAUAGCAGGAAGAGGAUCUAAUUCUUCCUUGCAUACCAAGAUGACUGAAUGCUUAUGCAGGUAUAUCAAAUACACAGUUGGAAGAAUUGCUUUACUUUUCUCAAAUCAGCAAUUUACUGGCCCAUCUCUGUUUUUAAUGAUUAAGUUGGUAGCGUAACAAUGGAGGAGUCAGUUGUUUAAUCUAGUUCUGAGUUUACAGAUAGAUUUGAAGACUCUGGAAGGAAAUGGAAACAUUUGAAAAAAGCUUUGUUCAGAAACCCAAGAAGGGGGAAAAAUUGGGGGUGGGUGGAACUGUAUUAAUGCUGGGAAUAGCUAGGUUUGUCUAUUAAAUACGCCACUGGUUACACAAAGAUGAAGUACAUCAGUAUUAGAACAUACCACUCCUUUCCUCUGUGACUAUUGUAUAGGUCGUGAAUAUUCAGAUGCACAAGGGGGAUGGGAUUCUAGCAGUCUUGGGGAAAACAAAUAUUGUAAGUAAGUAAACAAAGUUGAGAGGAGAGAACCCCAAACCAGCCACAUGAAUAAUGAGUGUGGUCAGUGAGCAUGGAUCACAGUCUAACUGGAGAUAAAGCAGAAUAAUGUAGUGACCAAAAUUCUGAGUAGCAGCACAUUGCUACACUGCAACAUGUUGUGGUUGGUCCAACUUUUUUUCACCUUAAUUGUCCCACAGGAAUUUUAGUGUCAUUAGCUUUUUCAUUACAAAUGUUGGGUCUGCAUGAUGAUUUUUUAGGUCCAUAUAUUGGACAGGGUCCAAGGAGCUCCCUUCAGGCAUCCCCAAGGGUUUGAGCAGUGCCCAGUGGGAUUUCUGAUUUCCCCCCUUGGGACAGCAUUUCCUGUUUCAUCUCUCAAACUGAUUUUGAAAGUACAUCCUCAGUUAUUUCUAAGCAUUAGAAGCAACUGUUAGAAAACAUGAGCCCUAGGACUCCUUGAUGAAGCUUGUGGUUUUGUUCACCAGAUCCUGGAUAUCAUUUCUAAGAUGAAGUAGUACAUGACCACUCCCCUCUCCCCAAUGUCGAUUUCUCCUCUAACUUUUUAAUUCCAUAUUGUUAAAUACAUUGUUACAAAAGUUGGGCACCACUUCCAAUCUCUUCCAAACUGUGGCAAGAUUCAAGGUUCCAGCCACUCACUCAGGGUCUGUGUUUCUUUGAGAAGCAAGGCAUGGCAGAAGCUGUCAUAGCUUUAAGAAAUAUGAUUUAUUCACAUAUUUACACCUGAAUUUAGAUGGAGGGAGUCCAGAUCUUAUAGCAUGGUCAUCUCAAGAGGGGCUUGUUUCCCACAGCAGUUAAGUGUCGAUCCAAGGCAUCUCUCUGAGCCUGCCAAGAUGGUUCUGUCAUUCUCCCAUCAUCUUCCCAGCAUACCUUGUAAAGGCCUAAGUCUCCUGCCAAAGACACACUCUUACUUUCUCCUGACACACAAACACCCUUGGGAACCUCUGUCUGCCCAGGCCCAAGGGGAUAUCUGUCAUGUUAUCUGUCAUGUUAUCCCUGGUUAACUAUGUGAAGCUGCUUGGGCAUCCUAAACUGAAUGCAACAGCAAUUGGCUUAGUUUUAAUUAACCAAACUUAGCUUGCUUCAUGAAUUUGAGUUUGUUCAAAUUCAAGCUCUUUACAGAAUCUAUAAAGAUUAUGGAGAGUCUGGCCGUCCCCCAAACUUACAACAAUAUGCUUAGGAUGCAGCCACUUGUUCCUUCAUGUCUAACUGAAUUUCUAAUAAAGUAAAUGUUUAAAUAAAGAAAAUGCACUACAAUAUUUAAUGAAUAACGAACAGUGCUACUGUUUCAGAAGCCAAAUUAUAGCAUGUGUUUCUGUUCUUACAGUAAAUAAAGUUGGGGUUCAGUGAGAACAAUUAUUGCAUAAUUCAGUUUCCCCAAAAAACAUUUUCCAACAACAAUUUAAGGCUUCAGUUUACUGAAAGUGGACAUCAAUGUUCGUACAUUGUGGGUUAAAAGACUGCUCCAUAUAUGUUUGAAAGAUUUAUAACAUGACUAGUCAUGAAUUCAAAUUUACUAAGAGAUCUGCAUAUGGAGUAAAUCUAUUUUACCUUCUUUUCUUUAUAACUUGCAUUUGCAGUUAAUUCUGAAAGCCAUUCUGAAAGCUGCAAAAAAUUGUUAUUGAUUGCACAAAGCUUGCUACUCUGUUUACAAUCCUUACCCAUGUUUUGCCAGUUCAUUUUUUGGUUCUUUUGUGUUCCACUUCACCUGGAGCCUUCGAAGAAUGCUUCAUAAGCAUUUUGAGAAAGUACCUUUCAGUACAGUUCAGUGCCAGUUGCUUGAAAUAUGCUUCUAAAGGCUGGAUGUUAGAAUCAUUACAAUAGUCACUGUGGAGGGAGUGUCACCGUGAUGGUUAUCUAGUACUGCUGUCUUUUCAAAGCAGCAGAGAAGGAGAAUAGAGCCUUGUAGCAUUAUAUUAUUUUGUCUGAGAACCUUGUGCAUUAUGACCACAUAUGGGCAUGCGAUUUGGCUGCUGUCAAACUCCUUCACUUUGAUUUCGGGCCACAGUGAUUGCAGCAGUGUGCAUAAAGUGGCUGUAUUUUUUUAAUCCCGCCCCAGCUCCCUGCAUGUCUUAAGAUAGCUUAUCAGAAAUGGGAGCUAUUUAAAUCUUUCUCCUUGAUUUGGUUGGUUGAUAAGGCAAGUUUUGUUGUUUAUCUGGAGGGUUCAAAAGAGUGGCCCUAUCUGCAAUUGGGAGUGAUUCGGAAGUGAUAGUAGCACAUCAUAUUAGAUAAUGUGCAAUAUGGUUCUGCUUCAAGUAUCACAGUAACAUUUGAGAAUUAGUUCUCAAAACUAUUAUCCACCUGUACAAAUGUGGAAAUUUUCAAGAGCUCUAAGUAUACUCUCUGAUUUACAUUUGAAAUGAGGUUGAAAAAUCCAGUCAGUCUGCCAUUCCCCCACUUAGCUGAUAGCCAUUAUAACUAUAAAUUUAAAUCUAACAAAGAGUAGCUGUCCAUUCUGUAAUUCUGGGAACCAUCUUGUGUCAUGGAAUGGUUGAAAUAUGUGAAAGCUUCAAUCUUUGUACACUGACAGUGGCUUGUGAUGGGUUUCCUUUUGCGUUAUUUCUUCCGUGAAGUGCAAGGGCUCUAGUUUUAUUGGAAUCAUCCUAGUACUUUGACAUUUCCUUUAGUCUUUUAACUAUAUUUUGGAUUUAAAGAUGGCUUCUGGAUAUUUGGUUUUUUUCCUGAAAGUAGCUCUCUUUAAGCUGAUAAUAAAAAAUUCAUUACUUACCCCCUUCUCUGUUGGUAUUUUUAAUGAGGAUGAGGCACUACCCUCCCACAAAGCAUUUUUGUUUACAGGUUUCCUUGACUUCAUAGAACAUUUCACUAGGGUCCUUAGUAUAAAUGCUUUAGACAGAGUAAUCAAAAGUGAUGAGAAGCACAAGUGUGUAAGCUUCUCAAUAAGGUUUCUUUUUGUUGCAGGCUAUACCGCCCCAACUGCUCCCCAGGCUUAUAGCCAGCCUGUCCAAGGUUACGGCACUGCUGCUUAUGAUACAACCACCGCCACAGUUACCACCACCCAGGCUUCUUAUGCUGCCCCAUCUGCUUAUGGCACCCAGCCUGCCUACCCCACCUAUGGGCAGCAGCCAGCAACAACUGCACCUGCAAGGUAACAUACAAAUAAAAUAUGAUGCAUUAACAUAUACAUUCUUGUACUUUUGGGUAAGGGAAAGAACUCUAUUUGAGAACACCAUCCUCUUGUCUGGCUUCUGCCCUACAGCUUUGAUAAUUCUGUGGUUUGUAGGCACAUUCCCCUCCUCUCCACGUAAUGCUUGAAUGAAACAGAACUCACAUUCUUUCAGUGAAGCGCCAUGUGGAAUAAUAGCCAUGUAUUCUUCUUUCACUCUGGAUAAAAAGACAAAACGUACUCAGGCACUAUCGCCUUAAAACACAUCUGGUGUACUUUGCUGUUGGUGCUUUGAUUGGCAAGACAUUUAAAUGGCACUCAGAGUAGGAUUCUUUCCCCUCUGUUAAUGAAGCACCGUUGUGGCUUCUGUGGCAGUCAAUGGAUGGAUUGCACUAAAUGUUUGAAUCAUACAUCGAUAAUAAUUUUUAUAAGUUUAGUGCAUUUAAAAUGGUGACCUGCCUUGUGUGAUGAAGGGGGGGAUAUAAAUAAAAUUAAAAUAGUUUUUAUAUUUGUUAUCAAAACUCAAAUCUUAGCCUAGGGUUUAAGGCAAAUCCUGAAGGCAAAAUGCCUGAAUAAUCUUCUGAGAUGUAAUUUCCACCUGCAGUUAAGUGUUAACAUGCAGAGGCAGUACAUAAGGUUGCCAGUGCCUGACAUGAAAGGCAGGCAGGAGCUUCUGAAAGAUUUAUCCUCACGGAUGGAUUUAAUUUUUAGAGCCCAGGAUGGCACAAAGCCUGCAGAGACUACCCAGCCUCAGUCAAGUACAUCAGGCUACAGCCAGCCCAGUCUAGGAUAUGGACAGAGUAACUACAGCUACCAGGUCCCUGGCAGUUACCCUAUGCAGCCAGUUACUGCACCUCCAUCCUAUCCUCCCACCAGGUGAGUUUACUGGAAUUCUCAGUAUAUAUUAUCUGUUAUGUAUAUGCUAUCUGACUGGAUGAUGUUUUGUGUGGUGAUGGUGGGGGGACCUCAGGCUCAGGUGCUGAUUGCAGCUCCUCAGACUGUACCCCACACCUGCCCUGCACCCUCCUUGAGUGCAUUUUGCAUCCUUGAGCCGUGUAAAACCUUAAACCAUGAUUAAUUGCAUGGAUGGAGGAAUGUAUGCAUGUGUGGAAGCUUCUGACUUGUGUGCCUAUGGUGCAGAGUUGAGUCACAUACGUUCUGCCCACCUUUGCCUCUGGCCCCACCCAUCACUGGUAGGCAGUCCCCACAAAGGUUGUCUGUGAGGGAAUGUGGUCCUCGGGGGGAAAUUCUCCUUCCCUACUUUAGAGGAUGGUUAGAAACGUCAACUCCUUUUUACGACUUACAUCACCAUGGAAUGCAGAGGAGCAGCAGUUACAAUUCUUAAUAUCUAUUGGCAUACCAUAGAUAAUGAUUUACCUUGGUGACCUGCUCCUCAGAGUGACAUUGAAAGCAUUAGGCAGACCGUCCAGUCAUAGCAGCACUACAGUGAUCAGUGCAACUUGGUCUGCUUCUCUUUCUUGCCUUUUUCCCGCCAGCCAUCUGGUUAGUUGUACUGCCAUUUACCAUGGCAAAAGACUUAAGCAGUCUCCAGCAAAUAUGGGCAUCAGAGAAAAACAAUAGUGGGGCUGUAUCCGUGGCCACAGCAAAAACACAAUAGACUAGUAGUGUUUUGAUCAGGGGCAGGCAACCUAAGUCCUAGGGGCCGGAUGCGGCCCAAUCGCCUUCUCAACCCCGCCCCCCAUGGACGGUCCGGGAAUCCACAUGUUUUUACAUAAGUAGAAUGUGUGCUUUUAUUUAAAAUGAAUCUGGGUUAUUUGUGGGGCAUAGGAAUUUGUUCAUCCCCCCAAAAAAAUAUAGUUCGGCCUACCACAUGGUUUGAGGGACGGUGGACUGGCCCACAACUGAAAAAGGUUGCUGACCCCUGGUUGAUUUCCCACAUUGUUGCAACCUGGUGGCAAAGUACUAAUAGUAUGCAUCAUUCUAGUCUGCAAAUGUGCAGGUAUUAGGGUUUGGGGGGGGGGGUUGGUCACAGCUUUGUCAAUUUUAUUGUGGCCAGUGGUGUGUACUGGUCUGGUUUUCUGUAGUUAUAGAUCAGCCUGGGCAAGGGCAAAUUAUGCAUGUUUGCUUAGGCUUUUGCACUUGUAUGGGUGGAAAUAAACUGUGUUUUACUAAGUGCCGUUUUCCUGUCCUUUGACGUAUCUUUUCAGCUAUUCUUCUUCGCAGCCCAGUAGUUAUGAUCAGAGCACUUACUCUCAGCAGAGUAGCUAUGGUCAGCAGGGCAGCUAUGGACAACAGAGCACCUAUGGGCAACAAAGUAGCUAUGGGCAGCAGCCCCCCACCAGCUACCCACCUCCGACUGGAUCCUAUAGCCAGACCCCCAGCCAGUACAGUCAGCAGAGCAGCAGCUACGGGCAACCAAGUGAGUGUUAAUAGGGGGCGGGGUGUGUGUGUUCAGAUAAAUCUUACCAACCCCAAGAUGGCAAUCAGGACUUUUGAAUCAAGGUGUUCUGAUUUAAGGGUGGCGUUGGGAAGCUUUCAGAUGUUAAAAAUUCAACAACCUCAAAACCUGUGCUGUGUUUCUGCUUUUCAGCUAGCCUGUCUUUCAUAUUUGUCCUUUUUUUAAAAAAUGCACUGCUGGGGAGCCAUUGGCCCUCCAGGUGUUGUUGUCCCAUCACCCCCACUGAUGGCCAUCUUUGCUGGGGGUGAUGAGAGUUGGUGACCGAAGAACAUCUGCAGGGGCACAGUUUCCCCAGAUUCCUUUUUCUUCUGUUUUAAUAUUUUUCAAUGCUUUCAUUUUAUGUCAUAGUGAAACAAUAUAAAGCAACAUAUUACAGUACAGUGUUGGUCACACAGUUUUCUAUCAUAUUUCUUUUCAUUAGUUUGGUCAAUGUUUUGUUGUCAAUUUAGAUUUAUUCUUGCUAAAAACAGAUCAAGCCUUUUUGGGGCACCUUACAAAUAAUAUAUAACAUAUGGUUGGAUUUCUGCCAGAAUAUAUGUGAAAAAUCUGCCCCCAUGAAGCAGGUAGAAAAGAUGCCUCUGUGUGCUUUGCUGGUUUGACCUGUUGGGGUGGAAAGAGUAAAGUAAAGUGUAAAAGCCAGCUGGGGAAAAAAUCAAGUAUUUUCCAGCUGAUAUUUUGCAUACCUGUGACUAUCUUAAUGAAUGCUUCAAUUCACCAUUGAGGGUCACUGCAUGUUAAUGUUCUAGAGGAAGGAAAUGAAUGCUUUGCUAAAAUUGCCAUGUUGACUAUUUCUUAGGUUCAUUCCGUCAAGACCACCCCAGCAGCAUGGGGGUGUAUGGCCAGGACUCGGGAGGCUUUUCGGGCCCCGGAGAAAGCCGAAGCUUGAGCGGCCCUGAUAGCCGGGGCAGGGGAAGAGGGGGAUUUGACCGUGCAGGCGUGAGCAGAGGUGGGCGGGGAGGAGGAGGCCGCGGCGGAAUGGGGUAAGAGCAAACCUUUUCUUCCUCUCACCUAAUUUGGUUUUACCCCAUAGGGUGUGCAAUGGAAAGAAGGGCUGAAAGAUGUCCAUGCAAACCACUUUUCCAUGGAGAUAAUCUAAUUAACAGCGAGUAAUCUAUAUGACUAAUUAAUUCAUGGAAACAUUUUCUUAAUGGGGACUAGGGGCAGGAUACAUUUUACCUGCAGUUAAUUGAGGGUUGGAGGCAAGAGAGUGCUGGGUGUUCAAAUUGUGAAACUUUCAGCUCCCUUCCACGAUGAACAGAGAUGAAACUCUCUGUGGGUUUAAGAAUUGUUGGGUUGAACACACACACCCCUUCUGAGAGGUCCGCAUGUCAUUCGUUCCUCCUUGCUGGUGUUUGAUAUCACAGGUAUGUACCAUGGUGUCUGCUGCUCUUGUAAAGCAUUUUCUUGCCCUAGCUGUGUGUUCUCUUGGCAGUAGCUCUCUGAGCUCAUGUCAAAGCUGAAUAGGCUGUGUCAAGAUGCUCUUUGAAGCCCAGAGCGCUCUAGCGUAGCUGUCGCGUUUGUUCAGGUUGGUUUGGAAUUUGAGGAGAGACCCUACAUGGUGCAAUAAUAAUCAUCAUAAUAAUUAAAAAUCGCUUACAAUUCUGGACGCAGCUCCAUGCUGGAGCUUUCAGGUGUCCCAAACCAGUUCAGCCAUUUUAACUGAUGGUGGAAUCUGGUUUGGGAAGCCUGUUUAGUCAGUACUUGUUUUCCAUUACUGGUUUAUCUAAGGCGGAAGAGAUGGUGGUCAACUGAGAGGCUCAGUAAUGAAGGGUGUCCUUGUGUGUGUUCUACCCAUGUGUAUAUAGAGCUAUGCAGAGUGCUAACCCCAAAACUAAAAUGGUCACAAAUUUGGACUAGGAGGAUGGGAGGGCAGAAAAAGAUGUCACGGGGUCCAGUUGACAGAUCAGUUGCCUUCCAGUCCCACUGCAUGUAACAGUCUUGACCGGCGAAAGAGACACUCUGCAUAGCUUUACUAAAAUGAAUCCAGAUGGUUUGAAUUCUUUAUUGAAGUCCAACUGCUUUUAUUGCUUCAAAAGCUGUUCAGUUAAUGACCAAGCCAUUUUAACAUAUUGAAGAGUAACCCUUUCAAAUUGGCUUGAAUGGAAAAGGGCUCCUUAGUUCUAUUAUAAAGAUUUCAUCUGUUAGGUGUUCCUAGAUGUGUUUUAAAGUAGACACAGACACUUGAAAUUGCUAUCACCACAUCUUUUUUCUAAAGACCUCCCUAAAAAGUAGGGCAAUUUCACACCCAUAAUGAAAAACUCGUAUAUAGUGGCCUUAGCAUUGGGGGAGUGGGAGGGAAUGUAACUUGCUAUAGGCCUUAGGCAGACCCCAUUCCCAGGGUGGCCCUAUGAAACACUUACUUGGCCACCAAGGGCCAGGGUAGGGGAACUAUGUCCCCUUCCAUGGUGUGGUGAUGCAUUUCAGUGUCUGUCCUGCAGGUAAGGAGCCCAAUGUUCUUAACGUGCCCUCUUUCAUUGCCUCAAUAUUUUUUUAUAUUUUCACUGGCUGUUAAACAUGGAAACUUUUUAACAUGCUUUGUCGCAUUUAUAUGCUACAGGUUACAAAGUGAGAGCCUUGUAUACACUUCAGUACUUAAAAAGUACCCGUACUCAGUACUCAGCCGGCAGCAUAAUGAAAAGUGGGACUAGACACGGUGUCCAUAUGGAGAGGAAAAAAUAUACAUAGAAUAUUUUUAACCAAAUGUGUUCAUUGUAUAAAUGGAAACCUUCUGUAACUUUGGUAACUGCAUAUAGUACUUCAUGUUUGGUAUUGAAACGAGAGGGGAGGUGUAAUAACUUUAGAAUUGUGUAAAAUUAAAGUGUAAAAACAUGUGUUAAAAAAGGGAAACAUUACAUAUAUGGUAUAUAUACUUUGGGAAAAGAGACAAAGCUGCAUGCAACAGCUUGGAAUUGUGUAUAUUAAAUCUUUUAUGGGUUAAAGGUGCAAUACUUGCUAACAGUUAGCGGUCCUUCUCCCUCCUUUCUUACUUCCAUCCAGAUGAUUCUUCCACAUGCACCCAAAAAGCCAUUUUUAGUGGCACUUUAUUAAUUGGGCACAUUUUUGCCCAUAAAUUACGUUUUGUGGCUUCUCUCCAUCCGGCUCCCCCCCGCCCCCAUGUUAAAAGCUAAAGCACUGAUUUGUUGUGUUGUGUUGCAUUGUAUCCACAAAGCUGCACCCUUAGGCCUUUGUACCCUGGUAUAUUCUGUAAGUUCUCCUUCCACAGAGACUGUUAAAUCCAGUAGUGACCUGAAUGUAUGGCUUUAGUGACUUGUCAUCUGAACUGUGUUCUAGGGAUUGCUGUAUCUUCUUUUUCUCCUUUCCCCCCUCAACUGUUAAUGUUAAAGGUCCUCCGCCCAGGAGCUUGGCUUGCUGGCCUCACUCGCAGGAGGCUGAGGGUGCAGUUUUAUGUAUGCAAAAUUAGGAGGGAGUUGACCAGUGGACAUAAAAUCUUUGUGUGUUUUGAUAAGCCAAUAAAUAAAUGGAAAAGUUCCAUUUUUCCUUCUCGGGGGCCAAGUAUUGCAUUGUUAAUACCAUUAGCCGUGAAAAAGGGUCCAACUGCCACCGUGGGGCAUCCAAACUCAGGCAAGCAAAGGUUGCGUGUGUGUAAAGGAGAUUUGAACAAGCUGCCCUGAAGAAAGGCCUAGUGACGAGAUGAGAGAGAGAGAAAGAAAGACAGACAGACAGAUGCAUUGUUUGGAUAUGUUUAGCCAGUGCCCUUCUUCCCAGUGAGCCCCAGAGGCUCCGAGCGGUACUGGCUUUUUAAAGGGAAAGGCCUUCAUUUCUUCGUUUAUCCCCCCAGCAGCGCUGGAGAGCGAGGUGGCUUCAAUAAGCCUGGUGGUAAGUUUUUGAGCAUUACAAUGGGAUAGUGUUUUAAAAAAAAUGCAACCAGAAAAUAAAAAAGCCCAUAAUAUUUGUUAGUUUCAUAAGUCGUUAAAAUUCCAUAUGCAACAAGACUUUUAAUGGGUACUGCCGGCAAUGCCUAGGGGUCUAUAAGGUUUUAACCUACGGUUACAGAACGAAGGGUAAACAAAGGGUGAUGAUGAGAGGAACUACUCCUUUAAUUUGGGGAAGGAAAUCAUUUUAAGCGGCUUUGGUUUUUUUAAAAAUAAAGUAACUGGUGGUAAACAAGCACUGAUUGGCCCAAGAAAGCCCCCUUUAACCAAGUGUAAUACCAGGUGAUGGUUUAAAAAGCUGCUAAAAUAGCAAGCUGAUCUCGGCAGCAAAUGCAUAAAGGGUGUGCAUUGCAAGUUUUUUUGCAGUGCGGUCAAUUUGAGUUUUAACACAUGCCAUCAAAUGGCGGUUGUAAAUAGGUAGUUGUGUGUGUGUCAGUAGCGUAGCUUGCAAGGCGUGCACUAACAAUCUCUUCUAUGAUUUCUCUUUCCUGGACGGCAGGACACAUGGAUGAAGGGCCAGAUCUCGAUUUAGGUAAUUUCAGACAAUUGUUUAAAUCUGUGGAAUGGGUCCCAUGUCAUUAGUCACCCUCAGCAGAAUGCAGUCUUCUCUCGCUUAAAGUAAAAUGCUGCUUGUUCAUCUUAAUGUUGGAGAUUGACAGAGUCAGACACUUCUCGGAUCAGCCCCUUGCUAGUUUUGCCUUCAUUGUGGACAGUAGUUAUUAAGGGUGCGUCCUUUUGCUGAGGGCCACCCUACACAGUCCUGGAGCUGGUCAUGCCUUUUCUGUGUUUUAUUGAGUCUGCAUUUUUAAACUGGCUGAAGCUCAAUUAAAUGGCAUUCUUUGAGACUGGAAGUCCAGAAGUAUUGGCCGGUCUUGGUAGCCAGCUGUUAUUUGUGGUCGCCUCUGAUGCCUCUCCUCACUUGGAUCCUCUGACCUCCUACCCUUGGGGAAAAUGGGUAGUAACCCUCUUGGAGGAAGGGAUGAGGCAAUGUUUGCUUCCAGUAGCUGUUGGGGUGGCCUGUACUCGGUGACACAUUUUUUCCCCUCUCUCUUCCCAGGCCCACCCAUAGACCUAGAUGAUGAUGCUGACAACAGUUCAGUGUAUGUCCAGGGGUUGACUGACAAUGUGACCCUAGAGGAUCUGACAGACUUCUUCAAACAGUGUGGCGUUGUCAAGGUAAGUAACACGAUGUGUAAGGUGCAGCCUGUCCUGCUACUUGAUGGAGUUGUGGGGGAGGCAAUACAAAUCCCCCUUGUGAUUUGGCUUUUAAGUGUUCCCAUGUGUCUUUCAUUGUCCCAAGAAUACCUUCUAUUCUCCUCCCCCUGAAAGGAGAGGAGAGAUUCCAGACCAUCCCUGGAAGACACUGGACACACAAACCACUGAUAGUAACCACUAGCCUUGACACCAGAGUUCUGGGUGGGGAGGUUAAAGGGGGGAAAUUGUUGGUUUGAUCUGAAUGAUUUUUGGACUAGGGAGGCGUGUUUUGAGGUUUUGCUUAUUUGCUAAUUAGUGGGUCAAAGUAUUGCUUUGUUUAUUAUUUCAGUAUUGUUAAUAUUGUUCACUAUUAUUUAUAUGGGUGGUGUGUUCUUUUGGGGGGGGGUUUCCAUAAAUGUUUGGUUAUAUGAAAUAUUAAUGUAUUAUUUCCCCUUACAGUAUUUUUUAUUGCAUAUUUUUCUUUACUGUAAGUUACUUGAAUACCUUUGGGUGACAAGUGACUAAUAAGAUUAAUUAAUAUAAAUAAAUGUGUGGCAUGACCACCUAAGCCUUAGUAAAGCACAGUGUGGGAUUUUUUUUUAGUGAAAUUUGAUGUUGAUUAGUCACAUAAUGUUUGCCUUUCUAGCAUAUUAUUUGAAGCAUCUUACUUUGGGGUGGGGGUGGUCUAGCCUUGGAAUUUACUCCUGUCCAGAGCAUGAUUGUCUUCUCUCAUUGCCCCUUAGAUGAACAAAAGAACUGGACAACCCAUGAUAACAAUCUACCUUGACAAGGACACAGGGAAGCCAAAAGGAGAUGCUACUGUGUGCUAUGAUGACCCACCGACUGCCAAAGCAGCUGUAGAAUGGCUUGAUGGUGAGUGAAUUAGAAUAUUACAGUUACUGCUACAGCUGCUGCAAUUUAUUACCCGUCCUUCACCUUAAGGUCCCAGGGUGGGUUACAACUAUUAAAGCACAAUAUUAAUAUUAAAACACAAUAUUGAUCAGUAUUAAAAGCUUAAAAUUACAGAAAGGUGGGUCCUAAAAAUACACAUCUCAAGUGUCAAAAGCCAGGGUAAAGAGUUGCAUCUUGAGCAUUCGCCAUAUAAUGAAGGUCCAGAGGCACCUCUGUGGGAAAGGAGUUACACAACUUAGGGGCUACUACUGAGUAGGGAAGAAGGUGGUCUUUCAGAUAUUUGGGGCCUUGGUUCUUUGGGGCUUUAAACACUAACACAGAGCUUUCCAAACUUUUCAUGUUGGUGACACACUUUAGGCAUGCAUCAUUUCGUGAUACAAUAAUUCAGUUUUACUAGCAAACCAGAGGUUAAAUUAACCCCUUUCCAGCCCCGAGAGACGUGUAGGGAGCAUUUGCGCAACACACCUACACUUCAGCCAACACAAAUGUGUCUCGACACACAGUUUGGGAAGCUCUGCACUGAUAUAUUAGAUGCUCAGUAGCUCAAAAGGUUAGAAAAAGUCAACCUAAUGUAUAUGUAGUUAAAACAAAUGCAGUGUGCCUUAUUACAUCAAGUUUGAUUGCAAGUGGUGUAUACUGGGGUGUGUGCCAUGAUUUCCACAGGAGUGCAGCAUGGCUGGGGCAGUGGGACAAGUGUGUGAACAAUGCCUACUGAAAUUUCCGAAGCUGGAGGAGCGGUUGAGUGUUGCAUACUCCUCUCUUUACUUUAGCCUCAGUUAUGGAAGCGGCAAAGUUUGUAACUUCCUUCCAAAGGCCUUGGCAGUGUGACUUAGAUCUACUUGCCCAGUUGUAGGUGGGUUAUUCUCUGCAGCAGUGAAGCUCUUGUUCACAGAGAGACCUCUGCUUUGUGUGUUUCAGGCAAAGACUUCCAGGGCAGCAAGCUCAAAGUCUCUCUCACCCGGAAGAAGCUGCCACUGAACAGCAUGCGUGGAGGGAUGCCCCCACGUGAGCCACGUGGCAUGCCUCCCCCACUCCGUGGAGGUAAUCUUUGGCUAAUGCUGGCCAGCGCUGUUAGCCCCCAAGGGCUCUGUGGUGUGCUCAUGAACUCACCAAGUGUCUUCUUUCAGGCCCAGGUCCUGGGGGCCCAGGCGGUCCUGGUGGUCCCAUGGGCCGCAUAGGAGGCCGAGGUGGCGACAGGGGUGGCGGUUUUGCCCCAAGAGGACCACGAGGAUCGAGAGGAAACCCUUCUGGUGGAGGAAAUGUCCAGCAUAGAGCAGGAGACUGGCAGUGCCCCAACCCGUAAGUCGCUGUGUUUCAUUCUCUGCCCUCACCAAGUUUCUGUGCAUAUGAGAGUUAACAUAGAUCUUGGCUGGGCUGCCCUGGUGUACUCCUGCUUGGUAGUUACCCCAGGAUGCAGUUAGGCAAUUUAUUUAGAGUAAUAUUUUGGGUGUGGACAUAGUUCCCAGGCCCUUUUGUUGGGUACCAGCCACCACCUCAGUAAUUCACUUACCAGCUCACCUAGAAUAUUGGUAGCUUCCCUGUAAGCACGUGUUCCUGCUCGGCCUGAUCAGUUGUGUGGCCCAAAAGGCUAGGCAGCCUGUUUCCGCUGACUUGCCUUUCCUUAGUUAUUCAUGGAACAGCAUCCUCAAAAGAUGGUCCAGAUGAAUUUGCCUCUGGGUAGAGGCUUGCCUUGUGCUCCCCACCCAGCUGUGAAUGAAAUUGUGGUCAGCUGGCUCUCCCCCGCCCCAGUUCCCCAGCCUUGGUUGUUUUUUCAUGUUCAGCCAAGAAAUGCACUUGGCAUCUCUCACUAAACACUGGUCCUUUUCCAGGGGGUGUGGAAACCAGAAUUUUGCCUGGAGAACAGAAUGCAACCAGUGCAAGGCUCCUAAACCGGAAGGCUUCCUCCCUCCACCUUUCCCACCUCCAGGUAUGUUCCUCUUGUCCGCGAGCUGGGGUGGGAGUCGGAAUAUGUGACACUGACCUCUGCUUAUGUGAUGUUCACAAGGUCCUGGAUUCUUGCUUGGAAAACCGCUGCCACUUAGAGGGCUCAUAUACGGGACAAAUAGUGGUAAGGGAACUGUACAGGUGGUAUAUUUUUCCUUCGUUUGUGUAUACACUUCCAGCAGAGUGAAAUGGGGAGGUGAUGCUGCGCCAUUCACAGUCGUCAUAAAAUGGCCACUGUUGGUUCUUGGAAGCACUGACUGUGGACACAUUGACCUUACCAAGGUUUAUGCUGGGGUGGCGCCACAUUUGGUAGAGGAGCUGCUUUGAUCAGACCCGGCUCCAGCUUUUCGUGGGACCUUGGGCAGAGAUCACUCUGCACAAUCUCUGGGAGUGGGGUGGCUGAUGGGGAGCGGUGUGCCCAAAAUGAAAAAAAAAAAGCCCAAGGGUCUCCAGGGGUUGCACCCAUGGCUCAUGGGGGGCUGGUCAGACCAAAAGCCAGGCACAUGGUUUCUGGCUUGGCCAUGCAAAGGGGAGUGUGGUGCAGUGUUGGUACCCCGUUGCAGCCAAGUUAUCGAGCUACUUGCUGGCGGGGACAAGUUAAUUUUGUAUCCUGGUAAUAUUCCUCCCCUAUCCUGCAGCAGUCGUAGUCUGCCCGGGAGAGCACAUGGUGUUCAAUGCUCACAGCCAUGUAUGUGCAAGCUGCAUGUGGAGAUCGGGGGGAGGGAAUGUUAAGGGUUGUUUAAAUAAGGCACACUCUCCCCUUCCCCUGACUCCCAUCACCAAUCUCUUUUGCAUGGCUUCAGUUUCACUCACCUUCCCAAGCUGAACAAAAUGGGUAAUGAGGCUGGCAGGUGCUGGACAUGGGGCAUACAAUGGCUUGUCUGUUGAAAUCACUUGUAUGCGUCUCUUUUUGCCCCUGCUCAAAGUGGUCCAUAUAUAUAUAUAUAUAUGAGAAAGAACAUUCUGAAACACUACGCUGAAACAACAAGCAGGAAAGCAUCACUUUCUGUUAAAUUAAAUCACAAAAUUCUGGAGGGCCUCUCGGCUAUGGGGAGCCAUCCAUCACAAUUUGAACCCCUAUCACUUUAUGGAGUAGUCAUGAAGAGAAGCUGUUGAUUUGAUUCACCAGUUGGCUUAAUGGGGACGAGUUUCAAGCUUGCAGGAUGAGGAAGUUGGGGAGGGGACUUUGCCCAAUGCCAUGCAACUCCAAAUGGCAGGCCCUGGCCAGUUUCAGGAAAGGUGUGAUGCCAUGUUGCAAGAUGCUUUGAGUCAGUAAUUGAGCAGGGGCAAAUGGUGUCGUCUUGAUUGGUGCCCCUCUAUGGGUGUGUUUGAGUUGCAACUUUAAUUCCCCUGUAGGCACUGUUGUCCUUAUGUGCUAAUCUUGAAAACAAACGGCACCUGCCUGCCCUUAGAAGUGGCUGUUUGAAACAUCAUUUAGAGCCAAGGUUGUAGCCCUCCAAACUGCAAUUCCUAUCAAUUCUGACUAGGUCCCACUGGCUGAGGCUGAUGAGAAUUGGAGUCCUGCAACAUCUGGGGGGGGCACACCAUACCCACCCCUGAUCUAUAGAAUCUGGUACAAAGUGGCCUAGCUGCUCUCUGCUCUGUUUACUCUGUCUCAAUGCAGGCGCUUAUGGAUGUUUUCCUACACUCUCACGCUGAGUUACGCAAACUGAUUCUUCUUUUCUUGUCAUCACAGCCUACCUUCUCACAUGCUUCCACCAGGCUUCAAGCCUGACUUGGAAGCUGAUUACAGGUGGGAGGAGGGCUGCAUGCCAAGUUCUGUGUUGGAACCUUAAAGUGUUUUGACCCCAAAGCUGUUUUUUCUCUGCUAACUUGUACACAGCCCAUGAGCAGUAACUUCAGUUUAAGAAUCACCAGCCUGUUUUAAAGCCCAACAUUAAGUUGCAUUAGGAGAAGCAGCUCAGUCUUCCUCUAUGGUUGGUGUGUGAAUCUAGGUCAGUGUUUCCCAAACUUGGGUCUUCAGCUGUUUUUUCAGACUACAGUUCCCAUCAACUUAUGACCACUGGUCUUGCUAGCUAGGGAUGAUGGUAGUUGUAGUCCAAAGACAGGUGGAGACCCAGUUUUGGGAAACACCGAUCUGGGUCUUUUCUUGUAUUGACCCUCUUCCUGCAGUUGCUUCCAGUAGGAAUGAUCAGCCGUUAGGGCAGAUUAUGGGGAACCACAUUAAAAUGAGGAUAUCCUUCCUUGCGGGGACUUGCAGAAAGGGUGAGAAGGAUAUGGAAAGUGGGCAUUUGCUGUAUGGUAUUUUGCUUGCAGCUUUUCUUGUGGCUGCUGCUGCUGCUGCUGCUGUCACAUGUUGUAAGAACAGGUGCCAUAUUUUUAAGCAGUAGGGACUCCCUAAGGUGGUAGCACACACAUUCACACCUAUGCAACACAGACGUGUGCCAUCAUUUGGUCAUUUUUGUGGGCCUCGGCAUGUCUGGGUCCUGCUGCCUGCGCUUCCGAGGCAAGCCUUCAGCUGCCUGUCUGGUGUUGCCACCUUCCCAGCAACCCUUUGCUCGAUUGAGUGGUGCUGUCUUUCUGCACUAGGUGGUGAUCGUGGCAGGGGCGGCCCCGGUGGCAUGAGAGGAGGUCGAGGGGGCCUGAUGGAUCGCGGCGGCCCUGGAGGGAUGUUCCGAGGGGGCCGAGGUGGAGACAGAGGCGGAUUCCGAGGAGGCCGGGGCAUGGAUCGAGGGGGCUUCGGAGGAGGUCGGCGAGGAGGACCUGGGGGCCCACCUGGACCUCUUAUGGAGCAAAUGGGAGGCAGAGGCGGCAGGCGUGGAGGACCAGGAAAGAUGGACAAGUAAGGCUUGGGGAGGGGGAAGUGAGUGGCGUUGACAAAGGGGAGGGAAGAGGUCUGGGCUGGAGGAGGAGGAGGAGGCUGUUAGUAGCAGCCACGGGCUCUUAUUUGAAACCUCCUCUUCCUGGGAUGCAAUAGCCUUUGGGUAUGUGGUUGUGAGUCUGACGCCCACCCCCUCUCCUCUCUUUCCUUUGCUAGGGGAGAACAUCGUCAAGACCGCAGAGACCGGCCUUACUAGUGGCGAGCCACCCCCUCUCCCUUGCAGGACUGCAUUUACUACCAGAUUUAUUUUUUAAACCAGAAAAUGUUUUAAAUUUAUAAUUCCAUAUUUAUAAUGUUGACCACAACAUUAUGAUGAUUCCUCGUCUGUACUUAGUAUUUUUCACCAUUUGUGGAGAAACAUUAAAACAAAGUUAAAUGGUAGUGUGCUGAGUUAUUCUUUUUCUCUCUCUCUUACUUUUUCCUUUUAAAAAAUGGUUGUUUAAACUAAAACCCAUAAGAAAACCAUUGUUGUGAGCAUGCUCAGUAAAUCUGUGUGGAAGACCCAGGAGGAAGGAAACUUAAAAUCUGUAACAAUGUUAAUGGUUGUGAUGUUUUUUAAAUAAACUUCCAAAUGUUUAUAAAUGCAA